AUGUCGGCUUCAGCGUUUACGACGGACGGUGCGGACCAUAAGGUGGAACUGGUCGUGCUUGAGAAUCCUGAAUCGGCCACCGACGGUGGCUUAGCUGUACCUUCGAAGGAGAUAAUACCUCUCUUGUCGCAGGCCGAGAGGCCUAAGAUCAACAUCUUCAAGGACUUUCGUUCCCGAGAGAAACCUCUUGAACAAGUCAUAAAAAAUAUUACAGAGGCAGAGAUAUCUCUACUUUCACAGUUAAGUUUUUGGGUAUGGAAAGGAUCCAGAUACUCUGGUCUAGUAUGCAUGGCGUUAUCAUCUAUAAUCUACUUCGUGAUGGAAGUUCUCUCUGAUAAAUUCAAUGCACAGUCAAUUCCUUUAUUUGAGACUGCAUUUACCAGAUGUACAGUUACUUUGAUAUUAUCAUGUUUAUGGCUGAGAAUAAGUGGACAGCCACUAUUUGAAGCAACACAUCCCUGGAGUCCUUUAGUUUUAAGAGCUCUACUGGGAAGUCUCUCGCUACUGAGUUUUGUCUAUUGCAUUCAAAGAAUACCUUUCUCUCAGGCUCUUGUCUUAGGCUUUACAACUCCAAUAUUUGCUUCAAUCAUGGCUAAAAUUAUUUUGCAUGAGAAGUUGAAAAUUGCUGAUAUUGUAGGUCUUAUUUGCAGUUUCUUUGGCAUGCUUUUCAUUUUUAAGAUGCUUUACACAAGGAGGCUACUUAAAGCUGAAGAAGCAAGCAUUAUAAGUUUUAUGCGCAAUCACCAUAUAUAUAUAGCCUUGAUUGGUUUGUUUUCAUCAAUAACUAGUGGAAUCAGCUACUGCCUCAUAAAGGCUGCAGCUAAAGCAUCAGAUCAACCUGUAUUGACAGUUUUUUCAUUUGGCAUACUGGCUAGCCCCGCUACAGGAAUAUGCUCGUUUGCCUUUGAGGAGUUUGUACUUCCAAGUCGAUAUUCGCUAUCUCUUAUGCUUAUACUUGGGACUCUAUCCUUCCUAGCAGAAGUGUUUCUAGCCCGUGGACUUCAGCUUGAGAAAGUUGGCAAAGCUGUAAAUGUCCAGUUUACUGAGGUUGCCUUAUCACAGUUAUGGGGCAUAUGUACAUCAAGAAUGGGUUGGUCGUUCGGUCAACUCGCCGGAUGCCUACUUAUCUUGAUCUCAGUAACUUGUACCAUGUAUAUCGGACCGGACAAAGACAACGAAUGAUAAAAAAUUGUACAUUCUUUCCUUAAUCUCCAAAAUUUUUGUGUUCAGACA